ACACACACACACUAGUCAAAGAUGCAAACAAAGUAGUAUCAUCUGACAAAUCUUAUAUUUUCUUGGCCAGUUCAAUCCAUUACACCCAUUAUCGGCCCAAAAAGAAGAAUACAUACAGAAUCCCGGUUUAAGUGGCAAAACUCAUUGUCUGGUGAGUAUUGUGACAGUGGACACAAUCUCUCUCAUGCAUAAGGAUGUCAUAGACAAGAUGAAGCACAUCAGGGCAGAAGCCAGUAAACUGGAAAUCCCUCAAAUUGUUGUCAUGACCAUGCCAGACAAGGCUUGUGAGCUGGUGAACAGGAAUGUGAAGAGAAUCUACUACAGCAAGGCAAUCAAAGAGAAGAUGCAGAUCUGCAGUAAUGAGCUGGGCGUUCCCAUGAACUGCAUCUUGCCAGUGAAGAACUACCACGAGGAGGGGGUGCUGGAUGAUGAUAUGGACAUCCUGAUACUGAACGCCAUGACUCAGAUUAUGAACUUUGCCAAUGAUUACCUCUGGGACCUCCAACAACAUGCAUGAGUGUCACACACCUGCAUGAGUGUCACAACACCUAAAUCAAGCGCUAGGUGUCAUGAGAAUUUUGUUAUCUCAAUGGUUGAAGUCAAACAAUUCUUAAAUCUUUGAAUAAUUCCCAGAAAUUAAUUAAAC